UCCUGUGUCGCUUUCACUGGAAGCAGGCGUCUGAUCGGUGAUGCUGCUAAAAACCAAACAUUCAUGAACCCAAAUAACACGUAAAUCUUGCCUAUGUGCUUUAUACACUUUGUCCUAACUUGUGCUUUAUUCUUGAGAGUUUCCAAUGCCAAACGUUUGAUUGGGCGGAAAUUCGACGAUCCUGGAGUUCAGUCUGAUCUCAAUGGAUUCCCCUUCAAAGUCACAGACAAAGGCAACAAGCCCAUCAUUCAAGUCUCUUUUCGUGGGGAGCAGAAGGAAUUUACCCCCGAGGAAAUUUCGUCCAUGGUCCUCACCAAGAUGAAAGAGGUUGCCGAAGCCUAUCUUGGUCAGACCAUUACCAACGCUGUUAUCACUGUCCCCACCUUCUUCAACUACUCGCAGCGACAGGCCACAAAGGGUGCUGGUACUAUUGCGGGUUUGAAGGUCCUUCGGAUCAUCCACGAACCUACCGCUGCUGCUAUCGCCUACCACCUCCGCGAUCCCCACGUGGUCCGGGAUGGAUAUAAUGUCCUCAUUUUCGAUCUUGGAGGCGGCACUGUCAGUGUGUCGCUUUUAACCAUAGACGAGGGUACUACCUUCGAAGUCAAGGCAGUCGCUGGUGAUCCUCACUUGGGCGGUGAAGAUUUCGAUAAUAGUCUCGUCGGCCACUUUGUUCAGGAGUUCAAGCGCAAGCACAAGAAAGACCUCUCGACGAAUGCCCUUGCUCUUCGACGACUACGCACGGCAUGCGAACGCGCCAAGCGUACCCUUUCUUCUGCUGCUCGGGCUUCAAUUGAAAUUGACUCGCUCUACGGGGAUAUCGACUUCUAUACUACCAUAACCCGUGCUCGCUUCGAGGAACUCUGCCAAGGUCUCUUCCGUCGCACCCUCGAACCUGUCCAUAGAGUUCUUCGUGAUUCCCGUAUCCAUAAGUCCAACGUUCAUGAGAUUGUCUUGGCCGGUGGCUCCACUCGUAUCCCUCGUAUCAUCAAGCUCGUCUCGGACUUCUUCGAUGGCAAGGAGCCCAACAAGUUGAUCAACCGUGACGAGGCCGUCGCCGUUGGUGCCGCUGUCCAGGCCGCUAUCCUGUCCGGGGAUACCUCGGAAAAGACUAAGGAUUUUCUCCUCCUUGAUGUUGCUCCUCUUUCCCUUGGUGUCGAUACCUUGGAGGAGGCUCCGGAUUCUCUCCCUGACGGUGCUCCUCUUUCCCUUGGCAUCGAGACCGCCGGCGUCUUCACUCCCCUUAUUAAGCGUAACACGACCGUGCCCACCAAGCGGUCCGAGAUUUUCUCCACGUAUUCCGACAAUCAGCCCGGCGUAUUGAUCAAGGUGUACGAGGGUGAAUGUCCACGCACCAAGGACAACAACCUUCUUGGAAAGUUCGAACUUUCUGGUAUCCCCCCUGCACCACGUGGCGUUCCUCAGAUCGAGGUCACAUUCGAUGUUGAUGCGAAUGGUAUCUUGAUUGUCUCGGCUACCGAUAAGCGGACCGGUAAGUCGAAUCGUAUCACGAUUACCAACGAUAAAGGACAUCUAUCGAAAGAGGAAAUCGACCGCAUGGUAUCUGAGGCUGAGAAGUACAAGCAAGAAGAUGAAGAUGAAGCCGCCCGCAGCUCAGCUAAAAACGGUCUUGAAUCGUACGCUUACAAUUUGCGCAAUUCGAUCCAAGAUGAGAAGCUCGCCGACAAGUUCGGUGCUGCGGAUAAGGAGAAACUUGGGAAGGCGAUCAAGGAGGCGAUCUCGUGGUUGGAUGUUUCGCAGGAGGCCAGCACGGAGGAGUACGAGGAGAGGCAGAAGGAGCUUGAGCAGAUUGCGAAUCCGAUCAUGCGGAAGUUGUACAGUGGUGCUGGCGGCUUCUUUGGUGCUGGCGGCUUCCUAGGUGGUGCUCCAGGCGGUUUCCCUGGGCCUGGAGCCGAUGAUGGUCCGAGCGUUGAGGAAGUUGAUUGACAGCAUACUCACCUGGCUGCUUUCGUUCCUCGCAUCACGAAUAUUCCCUAUCCUCGUUGCAAACAUCCAUUUCUCAUUCCCCCUCCCACACAUCACAAUAACCCCUUCAUACCUGAUGCUCCUUAUUAUACAAUUGUUGGGAGAGAAAGAAAAACAAUUAUUUAGAUUCUGGUUUAUGAAGAUCCCCACG